GUCAAUAAAAGAUAAACACUGUGAUGUGAGGAGCUCAUCUGUCAUUUCACAUUCUGUUCCAAACCUCAAGCAACAAUCUGUCAACUCAAACUGCAGCCUUAUUUUCAAAGGAGCUGCUUCAACAGGCCCCAUCUUGUCUCUGCUACACUUUGUCCUCGUCAGCAUGCCUCUUCGCCACUGCUCUGUUGAGAUUAAGAACAACACAAACAACUACACUCUUUCCAAUCCAAGGGUGUUCACUGAGAGCGGUUUCUGUAAAGUCCCGUUGCCACCGAUGGUCGGCCCCUGCUCUGCCGUCAGGGCUCUGUUCAACAAGACCACGGGUACAGCAACCGGAGCCGUCGGCGUCUUCACCUAUGACCUUUUCAACGCUGACCUGAACGACUACAGCCACAUCAUGGCGGUCAUGUUCUCUGUGCCGUACGACAGAAUCCUGUACUCCAAUUGGUUGGCUGUGGGGAUCUUCGACAAAGGAAAGAGAUGUGACCACGACCUGUACGAGCUCAUGUAUAAGGGCAGUGGUAGUAAGUUUGUGAGAGGAAAGGCUGAUGGCUCCAACAUCUUUUAUGAGGGUGACUACGUGAUUCUCAGCGCCUCCAUGACUGCGUCUGGUGAAGCCAUCCUGAAGGUGGAAGUCAAUGAUACUGGCUUGUAUUGAGUCAGGAUGCAUGUCUUCCUCUUAAUGUAAGCCAUAAAUGUCAGUAAUCUUGUUAAUAUUCAAGAAAAUUUUCCUGAUGCAUCUCAAUAAUCCAGGUAGAAAAAUAGCAAGGUGGAGUCAGGUCCUCUGGAUGGGUUCUUCUUUGUUGAAAUGUCAUCUCUUCUCCAAAAACCUUCGUCAGUCCGAGGUGUUGCAGGUAAACUCAGUUUUAAAAGCAGCAUUUUAGCAUAGCGGAUAACCCAUUUAAUGGCGACAAUUGAAACUGGGUAUUCAUUUCCAAAAGAGGACCAUCAGCCUAACAACCGAUUGUUAGUGCCCUGAUAGCCUCUUGUUGUUUACGUAAGGCUGAGUCAUACUCACAGUAAUAGCAUUGACUGUAGUGGCUUUCAAACUAUAUAAACAUUACAGCAAAGACUGGUUCACCCUAAAGAUCCAGUCCCCCGGCUCAAACAAAUUUAUGUUGUGUACGCUGUUAAAGGAGGACUGUGACCAGUUAUUCAUCAGGGAAACAAAGAAGCUACUGUUCAAAAGAAUGGCCCAGCAGGUUAAUAUUUCAGCUGUUGAGGACUCCAUUUAAGGAGGCUAAGUUCACAUGAUAGGUUAGACCAGUCAUUAAAAGGAUUGGAGGCCUCCAUUUCUAAUUGUCCCCCUCUUAUAAUGCUGUUAUUGCGAGUAUGACUCAGCCCUCUGUGAACAACAAUCCUAAUGAUCAGUUGUUAGGCUGAUGGUUCUCUUUUGCAAUGAUAAACUUGUUUAUCCACUAUGAAAUGGUACUGCUUUAUAAGACUGAGUUUAUCUCAGGCAGAAGAAGUCUCAUGGAGAAGAGACAAAAUGUUACAAUGAAAAAGAACCAGAGGACCUGACUCAUCUUUGUCAGAUCCUAGAAAAUUCAAUUUUUUUAAACUACCGAAAAUAGUUUAACAGAAGGAACAAGAGUUCAAAAACUGCAAACUGACACUGCAUCUUUUAUUCAUUUUGCUUGUAGAUAAAAAAUAAAACAUGUUUAACACAGAACUGAAAAUCAGAGACUUGCACAAGAACAAAAACACAAACUUUUCAGGCAGUGGUAAUGUGGAAAAUAUGAGCUGCACGAAUUUACAGAAGACCCAUAAAAAUGUUUAGUGUAUAGAAGAUUAAGAAAAAAAUGUGGAAAUGUCACAUGAAACAAAAAAAUCAAAAAAUGUCUCACCUGUGAUGUUAAACUGCUUUUACUUCUCUAAGCUGUAAAUUCACCAAAAACUGAAGCAAAACAGCUGACAAGACGUUUUGAUGCCUAAUCUGGGAGAACUAAAAAUAAAAUAUUCCCACUUGUUUGUA